CCAAAAGGAUUAGGCAAAAAUGGAUCAGCACAGUGCGGACAACUGCAGAUGCCACAAGCAAUCGCAACCGGCACAGCAGACGCUUAGCGACAUGGACUUUGAUCGGGGCAUUUGGAAUGCAGCCAUCUAUAAUGAAGUGGAUCGUGUAAGAGACUUCAUCAAGAAGGGUCAAGCAAUGGCACGAGAUGACUGCGACUAUACGGCUCUGCAUUAUGCAGCACGCAGUGGCAACGCACAAAUCUGCAAGCUCCUCAUUGACGAGGGCAACGUUGAUGUGAAUGCGGCUACCAAGGCGGGUGCCACAGCCCUUCAUCGGGCAGCCAUGAUGGGUCAUCUGGAUAUAGUUAAGCUCUUGACUGAACACAAGGCUAAUCUUCUGCUGCAGGACGAGUGCGGCCAGAGCGCCCUGCAUCGUGCAGCAUUGCGUGGGCACCUGGACGUCUGUCGCUACCUACUGGAGCAGGAGUCGACCCUGAAACAGCUCAAGGACAAGAAGGAUAAAUUUGCAUUUGAGUACAUCAUGGAGAAUGCAAAUGAUGAUUUUAAGCUUCUGCUAAAACCCUAGGGGGCGUCAUUGCGUUUCCAUGAGCAUGAGCACUAGCAUCAUUGUAUUAUGUUUUUAAUGUAAGAACAAACAACAAAAGUUAACAUUUUCUUUAAAACUCUGUUCUGUUUAUUUAGAUAUCUUUUUCCUAAAAUUGCAUCCGAUGUUUGAAUUUCUUAAACUAUAAUUUUUGUUGGCUAAUUUACAAUUGCAUAUGUAAUGCCCCUUCUUUCUGUUUUGUUCUGUCAGAGAUACAAUAGAUUGUAUUUGGGUGAAAAGUAAUCUUAACUUUGGCAUAGA